GAAAACAAGAGAAAAAUGUGAAAAAUUCUUCACGUUCACGUGCUUCACAGGGACUUCCACUUUCCUACCCAUAUUUUUCUAUUUACUAAAAUUAUUCAAUCAUAGCAGUCAAUACCAGUCGGUCAAUAUUUUUAAUAUUUCUAUACCAAACCUGCAGUCAGGGCCAAAUUGGUAAACGUAAAUGGUGUAUUAGGUUGCCCAUAUCGAAACUGUCGCGUUCAAUACAUUUUAGUCUAAUGUCUCCCAAGAAGAAGAACAAAAGCAACACUUUGAAUAGUCUAAAAGAUGACGUGGACUCUGCUGAUCUUAUUUUUGUGGUGUCUGGAGAUACAUCAAAUAUCCCAGUUGAUGAACCAAACAAGAGAUGCAAAUCAAAAUGUCCUGGCCGUAAAUUUAAUCGAAAUUUACAUGGUCAGACCGUCGAUGCGUCGCAAUUUGUUGUAACAUGUAACGAUGCACAAUGUGGUCUGGCAUCUAAAAAAACGGAACCAGAUGGUAUUCCUGAUGCAACAACUGCAGAGAAACCAGAGACCGAUGAUGUUUCCAUUGCGAAGACGGUUGGGAAAAUAAUCGAAACAAAACACAAGCGAUCUAGCGGUCCGAACGGAUCGAAUCGUUGUAGGAUGAAAGUUCGCGGACCAACUGUCGGUGAUAGCAAAUGGAAACGUGAGGUUAUAUUACGCCAAAUGAAAAAUCAUCGAAUAUCAUCGACAUCUCUGGAUCAGGGAAGCCGGCAAAAAAUGAUGAUUCGUCCAGCCGAAAAGCUAAUGGUGUUGCAAAACAUUUUCGAUGCUUUCGUCAACCGAAAAAAAUGGGAAAAUGCAUCAUUUCAUUCAGACAAUCUCAGUGGCAUAAUGAACCGAAUGGGUUUGUCCAAAUAUGGAUUCAAAAUUGUCAAUAAAAGCCCCUAUGCUACCGAUGGAGUUAAAAAAAGCAAAAGAGCCCGAUCGGUAAUCGGCAUUGUACCACGACAUAAUUGUUUUCAAUGUGAGGACGGUCGAGUGCCCAGUUACAUGGGAUGGUACUGGACGAAAUGUUUUAGUGAUAUCGCUAAUGCCGGAUGGAGACCUGGUGCUAUUCCCAGAAAUAUUAGAGACAUCAUGUCUUAUUUUAACGGACCAUGUUCUUGUAUGCCAAAAGAUAUGGCCACUUGCAUUACGUGUGAGAAAAAGGUUUCACCUGAACUUACACCAGAGAAAGCGGUUGCUAUAAAGCCGACUUUGAGAGUUGUACGGAGAGAUGGUCUGUACUACGUGUGUAUGAAUCCAUUGAAGUCAUCGAAUGAACUGGUCCAGUCACAGAAUCCAUACCUGGAUGACUGUCCCCCAAUUAAAUUCCAAAUAGCAUUGAGCAGACAGCUAAAGCAGCAAGACGACGAUGAUUUGGGUCUAUUGGGCUAUCCUUGUUCAGAGCGGGCCAUUUGUGAAGACAGCAAAGAAAUGCAGGACUUGCUUAAUCUAUUAGCUGAUCAAUGCGAGGAUCAUCAAGAAUUCUACAAGUUAGCCAAGACUUUAUGUUCAAAGCCAUCGGAUUUGGAUAUCGAAUUUGUCGCACCAGGGGCUAAUGUGAAAGAGAAUCGUUUAAGCCACAAGAAAUUGAUCUACAAAGAAACUCAGUACGACCGAAAUGAUAUUGAGGACUCUUUGGGGAAGUCAGUGUCGCGUUCGUUGCCGAUUGUUUCAACCAUUCUGACGAAGAACAGAAAGUAGUCAAUGGUCUAAUCGAAUGUUAAUAACUGUUCAAAUUUGAUGUGAAGCAAUUUUAUUUUGCCGACAAUAUUUAAAUCAAAACAACAAAAUGUCUGAAUCGCUGAUGCUUUCAUUUUCUUCGCGUUAGAAACCAGUAGAUUGAUACUCAGGCUAUAAUCUUUUCAAUCACCGGUUUGGCGCUUCGGUUCCAUGUUCUUACUUCAUGUUCUUAUGUAAGCGAUAACGUCUCGAUUCUUUAUUUACUUGUGCAAUAUACAAAAAUGAUAGUUUUGUAAACGACAGCAAAUAUAUUUGAUGUGGGUACUCAUAGCCUUGUGAUCACAUUAUGAAAUUGAACAAUUAUAUUCAAACAAAGACAAGUAGCUUUCAAAAGUGGCAAUUCGCUUGUAGUAAAUAAAUAUUUGAUUAUCGGUCGUCACAGUCAUCAGCAAAAUUUCCGUCACGAUAAUCUGUCGUAAUAACGAGUGAAUGAUAAGCAAAUGUUAGAUGCUGAUUCCAAUUCCCAAUGAUCUCACUAAAAUUUAAAUUUCUUUUUCUUAUUGGGUUCUGUGAACUUUUGAUUAUUUAACAAAGACAGUAUGCCAUUAACAUCGAAUCGAAAUGCAUUACAGAACCGA